AGCAGAAAGUUUUGGAAAUGCUUCUUGAAAAUAAGCUGAAAUGAAAAAAAGUACUGUUUUUUGGUAACACUUCAGUAUGGGGAACAAUUAUCAUUUUUAACUAGUUGCUUAUUAGCCUACAUAUUGGCCAAUACUGUACAUCCCUUAAUCCUAUCCAAUACCUGAGCUUAACCACUACAACAACUACUACCUUACUAACUAUUAAUAAGCAGUAAAUUGGGAGUUUAUUGAGGGAAAAGUCAUAGUUAACAGUGAAUAUGUGUUCCCCGUACUAAAGUGUCACUGUUUUUUGUUUUUAACCAUCACUUACCAUUAUUACACGAUCUGAGGAGAUCAGGUUGGAAAAAAUUGGUCUUCAUCUUAGACAGGAAGUUUGUCUGGUGAGAAACCACACACUGACCAGAUCUUCACAAGUAAUAAACAUGUGACCUAUUUACAUGACCUUCAUCCAUUAUAUAAAGGCAUCUCUUUCAUCUCUUAAUUUGAAGAGUAGUUGUCGUCCGGCUGUGAGUGAAUGACUUUUCUGAUCUUCUCCUCUCGUCUGACAAAAAGAGACAAGAUUAUUCUCAGAUCACUAGAUCUGAGGGAUUUGACUAAAUCAAGAUGCUGCUGAUCAUUGAAGCUCUUCUCUUUUUAGCUGCCCUAAGACAGGAUCACAGAGCUGCUGUUGAAGAAACAAUAUAUCCAUUGGAUAAGGCAAUUAACUCUGUUGAUGACCAGUAUUACGGCUGUGGAGAGAACAUGGCAGAUCUGGUGAAGAACAAAUAUCUGGAUAAAGAAUUAAGAAACUCUCCAAAUUUUAGUGAUGCUUGGAAAGAAGCUGAAAAUGUUAUCAGUAGAUGGAAUAUUUUUAGCAAUCUAAAAAAAAAACAUAAAAUUGCCAUACAUGUGUACACUGAUGAUAAGGUAUAUAGUGAAUUCAAUCAUGACACUCGUAAUGGCAAACAAAAUUUCAAAGACAUGAAAUACAAAUGGUAUUCACUUCACUUUCUGUUAACAGAAGCGAUACAGAUUCUGAAGAAAAAACAAAACAGAUGCUUUGAUACUUUUCGUGGUACAAACAUUGACUUUCAUGGGCGUGUUUUUAAAGAAGUUCGUUUUGGCUCAUUUGCUUCAUCCUCUCUUAAUCGCGACAAAGCAGAACGUUUUGGAACUGUAUCUUGUUUUGCAAUCCAUACUUGUGAAGGUGCUAAUGUGACAAAAUAUUCUCAGUAUUCUGUUGAGGAAGAGGUGCUGAUUCCUCCAUAUGAGAAGUUUAAUGUCACUGCUGUCAAGACAAGAACAGAUGAGCCGGAUCUCUGGUGUGAGACUGUGUACAUAUUGAAAAGCUCUGGAAUAAGAAGUGACCUGAACUGUGCUCUAUUCAAUGAACCAACCAAGACCAUAACUAUUCACUGAACAAAGUGCUUUGAUUUUACAUGAUGUACAUCAGUUCAGGGCCAAAAAUAUGAUAAACAUCUCUGGUGUUCACUUUGAGAAGUCUUUGAGGAGAAAUAAGUGACCUGAACUGUACAAUAGCAUCAAACAGUUGCUUUCUUUAAUGUUGUACUAAUUUUCAUAUUAUUUUGUUGUGUUUAGUUAACCUGUAUUACUGCAUGUUUCUUUCUGUUAUUGAGCCUUGAUUGUCUUGUUUUAUUAAAUCAGCAUUUGUUUUACUGUACGAUUAGGUUCACAAUGUAAACUUCAGAAAAAUAGUGUUUUUUUUUUUUUUUUUUAGAUUCAGAUUUAACUUCUGUCAGCUAAAUAAAUCUCUCAAGCAUAAUUUUUCUUUCAUAAUUCUCUUUGAUGAACAAAACAUUUUAUGAUUGUAGUAAUUUUUUAAU